AUGCUGCUCCUGCAACUUGUGUUGUUAGCGGUUCUCCUCCCAGAUGGUGACAGUGAAGAUGCCUUCCAGGAGCUGAUCUCUUUCCGAAUUAUCCUGACCACAUCCUUUUACAACCAUUCCUGGACACAAAAUCAGGGCUCAGCAUGGCUGGAUGAGCUGCAGACUCAUGCCUGGGACAACAAGACCGGCAAUUUCAUCUACCUGCAGCCAUGGUCCCAGGGCAAGUUCAGCAAUCAGGAACUGAAAGAAAUGGAAAAAAUAUUCUACAGAUACUCCAUUAUAACUAUUUCAACAUGUCGUAACCAUGUCAGAGAUUGGUGGCUUGAAUAUCCCUUUCAGGUUCAGACAGUAAUAAGCUGUGAUUCUCACUUUGGAGAAGCAUCAGUAUGCCUCCUGCAGAUUGCUUAUCAAGGAACAGACCACUUGAGUUUCCAGAACACCUCAUGGUGGCCAUCUCCAAAAGGAGGAAGAAGGGCUCAACAGAUAUGUAGACUAUUCAAUCAGAACCAUGUUAACAAGGAAAUAGAACAGAAGCUUCUCAGUGACACCUGCCCCCGGCUCCUGUUGGGUCUCCUUAAGGCAGGGAAGACAUAUCUCCAGCGACAAGUGAAGCCAGAAGCUUGGCUGUCCACUGGCCCCAGUCCCGGUCCUGGCCAUCUCCUGCUAGUGUGCCACGUUUCCGGGUUCUACCCAAAGCCUGUGUGGGUGAUGUGGAUGCGGGACAAGCAGGAACAACAGGGCACCCAGCGAAGCGACAUCCUGCCCCAUGCUGAUGGGACAUGGUAUCUUCAGGUGUCCUUGGAUGUGAAACUCAGGGAGGCUGCUGGCCUGUCAUGUAGAGUGAAACACAGCAGUCUAGGAGGCCAGGACAUGGUCCUUUACUGGGAGCAUCCCCACUCCACGGGCUUGAUCUUCCUGGCAGUGAUAGUGCCCCUGGUGCUUCUGGCAGGUCUGGUGUUGUGGCUCUGGAAAUGCUGGAAAACACACUGAAGACCGCAGUGCAUUGGCCUCCCUUUGGACUGACCUCCCA